ACACCGAAAAAAGUUGUUUGCAAUCAAUCACCGUCUGAGUUCCAUUAUUUAUAUAUUUUGUUCGUUCUGUUCAGACUGAUUUGGGCUUAAUCCAGGAUUUAUAGCAUUGUAAGAGUCCGAGUUGUGAGCCAUGAACUUUGACUCCGACGGCGCGGGCUCCAUAGAGUCAUUUUUCACCAAGUUGCACAGCAACGAGUCCUCUCCUCGCACUCUCAGCGAGAUAUUCGAGGAUGACAUCCUGCCCAUGCGAAGGGAAACACGUAACCUGCGCUACCAGCCGGGUGGCCACAAAUCCCAGAGGCCCACGACAAGCUAUGAAGGGUCCUCCUCCUCCUCCUCCUCCUUCUGCUCGAUCAGCAGCAGCGUCCCAACGGUCCCAGAAUCCAGCCGUUGGGCCAUUGUCUUUGCCAAGAUUGUUAAUAUUUAUAAAGGCUACGAGCCGGUGGAUCGUAUGGGCUUGGCCCUGUCCAAAUUGGGCGACAAUGAGGCAGCCACUCUGAUCCUGUACAAACAAAAGAGCCUGACAAUGAGCCACACGAAACUGAAGCCCAAUGGCAAUGCCAUUCACUUGCAGGACAACUAUUUGCAGUUCUAUGACGAUGACAGGAAGUACUGGAGUAUGCGAUUUGUGUUCGAGGCGGAUGAAAAGGAAUUCAUCAAGAUGAUGACCAGCAAUGAGUGGCCUUUAGAGCAGCACGUUGUCACAGCAUCGGAGGUUGAAGAUUCUGAGGAGCAGCAGGAGCAACACAUAGGGCAGAGGAAGGAGCAGCACAGAGAGCAGCGAAAGGAGCACCAGAGGGAGAGCCCAUCAGAACACCUGGCAGCCCGAAGCCAUACCUGUAAUCUUCACAGACAUUCCAGAGAUAAUGAAGAACACCAGGAGUCGCCGCCGCAGCCAAAGCCACGUUUGCGCAACCUGGACUGCAUACGUCGUCAUUUCAUGCAUUUGAGUUGCGACCACACUCAACCUUCGCAGGAGCAUAUUCCCGAGGAGGAUGUGAUAGUCACACCCAUAUCCCGACCCAUUGGCAGCACCAACUCCUCCCUCGAAAAUCAUUGCAACAGCGCCAACGCUGUGGUAACAUUGAAUGGCCAAAAGGCUGAUACCUACUCCAGUCGCCUGCGCCAGUUAAUAGACACCGAAGAAAUCGACGACUCGAAAAUGGAAAGCAUUUUGGAGGCCAUGAAAAUUGUGUCCGAGGGACAUCUUAAAAGUAUCCAUGACAACGAAGAUCAGCCAAAGCCCCAACCCAGGGCCACAACGAAGCUUGAGGAUGCAGAGGAUAGGUUGCUGGAGCUAGAGCAAAUCCUGUUGGAUACCAAAAAGCAUAAUAGGGAGUUGAGGAAAGCCCUUAAAAGACGCGAGAAGGAUAUGUUGGAAUUCCAAAGCUCAACGAUUGAAUUGAUGGAGAAGCUGAUAGCCUCCAAAGACGAACUGAGUAGGAGAAAUUCCCGGCUCAUGGACACCAUCCUGGGUAAGGCGAAUUGCGAGGACAAGUGCUUGAAGUGUGAGCGCUCCGCCCAGGAGAUAGGCUUUCUCAAGCGUCACAUAACCGCUCUGGAGACGGCCCUGCGGGAAUCGGAGUGAACUAUUGUUUAAAUUAUUAUUGUUUUUUAUAUAUGUAUAUAGUUUGUUAUGUGUAAUCCAAAAAUGUAUUCAUUCGGUUGAAACUGCCUAAAUAAAAUCUAGAAACUCCCU